UGGUAUUAUUCUUUAUCUGUAUAAAUAAAUAGGCACCCUCAAGCUAAUAUACUUGUAUUUUCCAUCAAACCAAACUCUCUACAAAACUCUUCUUCUUCACUCCAUUUCCUCUUCAUAUUUUCAUACACUGUUAAAAAAGAAACCAUUGUUCUUUGCGUGUUUCUAAACAGUCAUUUUUUCACUGUAUAAAACACGAAAAAUAAGCUUUUGUUUUCUAUAUUUUGGUGUGAUUAACGUUUGUAGUAUUCUUGUCAACACUGACUGGCGCUUCUAGAAACUUCGUUAGAAAGAAAAAUCAAUAAUGGCUUUCUCAAUUACUUGAUCUGUAGUUGAUUUGAGAAAGCGAAAUUGUCUUUCUUCACUUUACUUUUGGAAACUGUGGGCGGAUUUCUGUGUGUAGGUCCUUUUUCACAUUCUGUUUAUUUUCUUUCGACCAAAUUCAUAGAGUGAUAUUGUAGAAAUGGGAUCCUUAACAAUGACGAUUGACGAGGUAGUGGAAGAGCUCAUGAAAAUUAACAAAUCUCUACCAAUAAGGCCAGGGAUUGAUGAAGUAGAAGCAGCAAAAGCGUUAAUAAAAACCGUGGAAAAAGAGGAACAAACGAGGAUGGAAAUUAUUGCUAAACAAAACAAACGAAAAGAUGUUCCAGAAGAGCUGUUCAAAAUACUGCAAGAGAUGCAGAGGAAUUUAGUUGAUUUUCAGAGUAGAGAACAGAAGAGAGAAUCAUUAAAACUGUUAGAUCUCGAGAAUGCACACUACUUGUUCGACGAAUUGAUCCAGAGAGCUUCGAAAUGCCUGUCAUCGAAUUCUCAAGCUAAUAAUACAUCUUCAGCAUCUUCAAGGAAUUCGAGUGGUUUGUCUUUGGCGAAUUCGUCGUCCUUCUCUGGCAGCAGCUUCAGUUCUCCGGCGACUGCAACAACCACUACUACGACGUCUUCGUCCAGCUUUUAUAGCGAGAAAGAGCCUGCUAAAGUGUCUGAACUAGUUACGAGAGAUGAUAGUUACUUGAAGAAGGCGAAAACCACGUUUCAAUUAGAUGGAGUUAGCUUUGGGGUUCGAUCUGGGAACGCUUCUUCAGCGCCUCAGAUUGUCGAUUCCAGUUUGAAACCCAGUACUGGUCAAGAUGGUGAAAAAUUGAGCUUGAUAAAGCUUGCUAGUUUGGUAGAAGUAUCAGCCAAAAAGGGAACUAAGGAGCUUAUUCUUCGAAGAAAAUUGUCGGACCAAGUAGAAUGGGUUCCAGAUUCGCUAGGGAAGCUAUCAAAUUUGGUGACUUUAGAUUUCUCUGAGAAUCGAAUUGCUGUGCUGCCGACUACGAUAGGGGGCCUUUCAUUUUUGCAAAAACUAGAUUUGCACGGAAAUAGAAUUGUUGAAUUGCCCGAUUCAAUAGGAGAUCUGCUUAACUUGGUCUUUCUUGACCUAAAUGGAAACAACCUGAAGUCAUUGCCUUCGACUUUUGCAAGGUUAGCUCGCCUUCAGGAACUUGAUCUGAGCUCUAACAUGUUAUCGAUGCUGCCAGAGACAGUGGGAUCCCUUGUCAGUCUCAGAAAAUUGAUUGUCGAGACUAAUGAGCUUGAGGAACUUCCUCACUCUAUUGGUCAAUGUACUCCGCUCAAGGAGCUUCGUGCUGACUAUAACCGUCUUAAAGCCCUUCCUGAAGCUGUGGGACGAAUGGGUUCUUUGGAGAUUCUGUCAGUGCGAUACAAUAACAUCAGGCAAUUGCCUACGACUAUGGCAUCCUUAACAAGUUUGAAAGAGCUCAAUGUUAGUUUCAAUGAACUUGAGUCAGUGCCUGAGAGCUUGUGCUUUGCUACCACACUGGUAAAGCUAAACAUUAGCAACAAUUUUGCAGACAUGCAAUCACUCCCUAGGUCCAUUGGAAACCUUGAGAUGCUCGAGGAGUUGGAUAUGAGUAACAACCAGAUUCGAAUUCUUCCAGAUUCGUUCAGGAUGCUUUCUCAUUUGCGCGUCCUAAAAACAGCAGGAAAUCCUUUGGAAGUGCCACCAGGAAAUAUUGUUGAGAUGGGAGCACAGGCUGUUGUGCAGUAUAUGGCUGAUCUUGCUGUCAAGAGGGACGUGAAACCACAGCCAGUUAAGCAGAAGAAAUCGUGGGCUCAGAUAUGCUUCUUUUCAGCAUCCAACAAACGUAAGCGCAACGGUGUGGACUAUGUCCAAGCAUGAUGUACUGCUGCUUGGCUAAAAACUUUUGACCCUGUAUUUAUCUGGGAAAAUUGAGCUGUGAUUUGGAUGGAAGAGAGCUGCCAUUCAUGUUGAAAUCCUCGAUUGCCAACAAAAUCAUCAGUUUUUUGGGUUGUUCCAGAUAUGCAUCUAAUCCUUAAUUACCACAUGUUUCUUUUUCCCUUUAGUUUCAUUUCCUGUAAUUCUUUCAGCCUCUUUGUUGUAUCUGCAACAUCAACAACAGUCCCAAACAAGUUAGGGACUAUCUGUAAUUUUACGUUUAUGUUCUAAAAUCAGUUGUAAAAUCGAUCUCACACGGAAGUGAAGAGGGAGAAAUAUCUGUUGUCCACUUGCCUCAUGUUAAUGAAUUAUGAGUUUACUUCUGAUCGAA